GUCAUACGAUAUUUCCGUUUUCCAACACUCGCCAAACACUUAUUGUAUCUUCUUUUGAUAAGCUGUUUGUUUAGCAACGGUUUUAGCCAGGUUUUUAAUUAAAGUAGCUAGAUUAACUUGUUUAUAUAAUGCCCUAAACUUCGCUUUGUAUUGCUGCGUUCAGAAAUCGUUUCACGCUUUGGUUUUGGAUCGGAUUUCCAUGGCUUUUCAGGCAGGCUGAAAGGAGACAGGCAGACAGAAAGACAUAAAUAGCUGUGGGUGGUGGCACGGCCAGGUGGGUGGGGGUGGGUGUUGGCGUGGCGGUUGGGCCUGGCAUAAACAACUUGGAGGGAAACGAAAACCUCAAAAAGCAAUAAAACUCUGCCUUUGGCGACAACGUUGACCCCAAAUACAAAAUAACCCGUAGCCCCCCGGCUGCCAGAGUGUCGGCCAAGAUGAAAAUCCAUUUUCGAGAGCAGUACGGCACCAAGGGUGAGGAAAUACUGUAUGUGACGCCAGCAGAUCAGAGCAACAUUGUUCGUGUGCCGCUACGUGGCGAUAAGCUGGUCAAUCAAGAAAAGUUCCUGCUCUUUCGGGUGCUGCAGAAAAUCUUCUUGCCCAAAGGCUAUCCAGACAGCGUCAGUGAGGACUAUGCAGCCUACCAGAUCUGGGAUACGGUGCAGGCCUUCUGCAGCACCAUCUGUGGAACGCUAUGCACACAUGCCAUACUCAAGGGCAUUGGCGUGGGCAGUGAGAACAUCAAUGCCUACUCGGCCACAGUUACUUGGAUAAUGAAAGAGGGCUGCGGUCAUGUCGGGAGAAUAUUAUUCGCCUGGUGGAAGGGCUGCCAACUGGACGUGGACUCUAAGAAAUGGCGUCUGCGCGCCGAUUUCCUCAACGAUCUAGCCAUGGGCAUCGAAAUCUAUGUGCUUCCCAAAUAUCCCCAUCUCAGUACCCAAAUCCUAUGCGGUUCCACCAUGCUCAAGGCAAUUGUGGGCGUGGCUGGCGGUGCCACGCGCUCAGCUCUGACCCAACAUCAUGCGGUGAGAGGGAACCUGGCUGAUGUUGCUUCCAAGGACAGUUCGCAGGAGACGUGCGUCAAUCUGGUGGCUUCUUUCGUGGGUCUAUACCUGUUGACGCUGAUCAAAAGCCAGGCGGUACUCUAUACGGUCUUCUAUGUCGUUGUCGCCCUUCAUCUCUAUGCGAAUCUCAAGGCGGUACGUUCGGUGUGCCUGCGCACAUUCAACGAAUCGCGGUACCUAAUUGCACUGGAAGAGUACUUUCGGUCGUCGCGGAUGCUAACUCCACAGCAGGUCAAUGCCAUGGAGCGGGUGACGCUGGGACAAACUGUGUCUGUUUCUCUCAACGUACGGCUCGGACUGAGUGUAAAGAAUCUGAUUGACGAGUACAAGACUAGCAGCAGCAUCGAAAACAUUGUCUCCUCCUUUGAUCCCCAUGAGCAUUUCAUCAUAGCCGAGAGUAAAAAAUACUUAGGCGUCUAUCUGCAUUUCGAAACGCGCCAGCAGGAUGUGCUCAAGGCGUAUUUCUUUGCUGUAUCCUAUCUGCAGGACAGGAAUCAGAUCAAGGAAAAGUACUGGGAUAUACAAAGCAAAUGGCAGGAGUUCGUAGGUCUAGCACAAAAAGAGGGUUGGCUGGUCCAUCAACAUUUGCUGCUGGUAGACGAGUUCCGCUUGGACUGGAAAGUGUAGGAUCCCAGAGGAUCCGUUGCUUGACUACUACGUUGCUCGCUUUAAAACAUUUGAUUUUAUUCGAAAAUCAUUAUCAUUCUCACAUAUCUCACAUGGUCAAGUAAACCACAAAACAAGAAGCAAACAAAACAGACGAAAACAUUGAUAUUAACUAAGUGCUACUGAUAUUUACAUAGAUUUUAGCUUCGUGAAACUCGUUCGCACAUGAACAUCUUCCAAUUAACUCUGCCUUGGCACAAAGUAAUGUUUUGUAACCGAUAUUUUGAUAGGAUAUUUUUGUUUCUUUUCGCUUUCUCCCAUGAAUUUAUUACGCUUAUUUCAAUUAUUAGAUGCUACUGAAAAAGCUGGUAAAGAAACAACACUCGACAAAAAUGUAUUUUGUAAAAACAUAUUGUAUGUAUUUCGAUAUUUCGAGUGCCUACUGUACUUUUUUAGAUAAUCAAGAAACCUGCUGCACAACGAAAACCCGCUCUUCAAAUGCAUUCCCCUUAAAAAAA